AGGUGAAGUUUAGUACGCGUAAGAGAAACCACAGCCUUAAAAACACUCUCGGGAUUUUCAGUAAUCCAGGAUCUCAUGGGCGUGUUUCCUGAAUAGUUUUUGUUUUACUGUGGCACUGAGAGGAGGAGGCAGCUGAGAGCAGAGCUCUGUUCUUGGUCCUUGCACUGGUGUAGCAAGAGAUGAUUCCUGUGGUCGCAAGCACGCCGAUGAAAUAGGAGGGAAAUCUGGAGGAGGCUGUCUCUCUCUCUCUAAAAAUUUUGCGUGGAUUGUAAACUAUAACAAGUAUCAGAAAUAAAUGAGUAAGGCUGGCAGCCCUACAUAAUACACUGAUGGCAUUCUACGCAGUGUCGGGAUCAAUAAGAGUGUGAUGCCUAGAAAUCUCCUCUCAGAUUCUCCUGAAAUGGCAGCUGAAAUCUCUCCAAAGCAUGCACAUGGGAGCAUGGAGAGGGGUGGCGGUGUGGAAAAUCAUGGCAGCCAAGCUAGGUGCAGGAAUCUUGCCUUGGAUGAUGAGAGUCUGAAAUACUUAACUCAUGAAGAGCAGGAUGUUCUUAUGUUCUUUGAGGAAACUAUAGAUGCCUUAGAAGAUGACUUGGAGGAGCCGGUCCUACAUGACAGUGGCAUCCACUGUCAGUCUCUAAGGUCAACAGAAGAAAAUGUGUCCAGUCAUUCAGAGGCUGAAGAUAUCAUCGACUUAGUACAGUCUGCACCUGAGAGUAGUGACCAUGAAGGCCCUCCUAGCAAAGAUACGGAACCAGCGUUGGAUGCUGCCUGGAGAGCUGAGAGCCCUAAGCCAACUGUACCUGCUGACCAUCCCCCACAUCCCCCUGUACCACCACCAUUGAUGUCAGAGAUGCUUCCUCUUCCCCCUCUGCCCCCUCCCCCUGUGCAGCAUCCAAAACUGCUUCGUUCUAUCCCCACUCCGCUCAUCGUGGCCCAGAAGAUGUCUGAGCAGCAGGUAGAAAGCAGGGUGCGCUUCCCCAGUGCCCUUAAGGAAGGGAAUUUGGACAGGAAGAAAAGCCCAGUAACCAACGGUGAUUAUUCUGUGGCUCCAAAGCACCCUCCUGCACCUGCACCCAAACUGCACCGGUUCCCGAGCAACAUCAACAUAACAAAUGUCAGUGGCAAAGAAUUCAGUGAGACUAUUUCAAAAGCAGCGGUUAAUGUCCAGGAGCGGAGAGCUCAGGUGCUGGCCAACAUCAAUGGAGGAGCUGUUCUGGCAGCUGAACUGGAGGAGAAACUGCAGAAAAAUGAUUUCUUGUCACGUAACAGAAGUUCUUCCUUAAGGGAUCUCUCCUCUGAGCAAACACGGUAUGAGGCCCUGACAAAACUUGGCCUAGUUAAGGAAAAGCCAGCUGAGGACCAAGUGGACCAUGCUGCAAGCACUCAGCAGCUUAAUGUGCAGCCGAAACAGGCAGAUGCUGUUCCCAAUGGAUAUCAAAACAUCCAUGAGAUUUUAAAAAGCGAGCCUAGCCCUUUCCUUCCUAUGGGCAAAACUGUAACAAUCAAGCCAGACAUAGCUCUUGCUGCUAAGAAGGUCAGCAAUGCACAGGAGGACACAGCAAAAAGUUUUAAUGAUUAUAAACAACCUAGUCUAAACCUGGAUAUGAGGAGAAGAUCGGGUUCACUGCCUAGACCUUCAGGAUUUCGAUCGCAAGGGAUAACGGUAAAGUUUUCUGGCCGCGGCUCAACAGAAGAAGCUAGGAGAGAGGCACUUCGGAAACUGGGACUACUGAAAGAGAAUGUGUAAUUCGGACGGGAAUGUUGUGGCAACAGCGGGGAAGUCGUAUCAUGGCUUUGUUGGCUUUGUGCUAGGAUAGUCCCAACAGGAUUAGGAUCAAACAGAUCGGAAGAAGAAAGGAGACUUUCUCUGCUUCAGGCAAGUAAGGAGGUACUAGACACUGCAGAAUGACUGCUCGUGUUUAUCCUAGAAGGACUGGCACCAUGUAUGGUCACUUACAGCAGCGGGUUUCAGCUGUCCUUCCUACAGAGAAACUCAGCUGUUCCUCUUUGUGACUAAGAGGAAUUUUAUUUAAGUAAUGCUGGACUAUGAGACAGCAUCUUGUUAAUGAAGUGUACAGUGCAGUAUUGUUGUACGUAGCAAACCGAACAGUAAAUCUUCUUUGUGCUAUUUCUGAAGCCAAAACAGAGAGUUCCCUCCAUUUGUCUUGCCCACAUGUCUAUGUCUGUUCAUGGGAGCUCAAGAAAAUGUCAAAACUGAAAUUUCUGACCAGUGUGACACACCUCCAUGACUUCUUGUUGUCUGUGUUAUCUGGCUUGGCUUUGUUUCCUACCGGGGCAGAGUCGCCUUCCUCACUCUGUGCCCACUUGACUCGAGACUGUACAGAAGGGGUUUCUGUUUUGACCUUCUUGACAAAGCAGCCCAAGCUUUGAGUGGGUGACUGCAUCACUCUGCUGCUUUGCUUGAGGUCUUGCCUUUCUUCCCAGCCACCUGCUGUUUGGUCACACUCUAGCAACCUAAGCGUCCAGUGAAAGACAGCAGAUAAGCCUCAAGGAUAUGCACCACGCACCGGUUUUCUCACUGACAGCCAAAGAGUCUCCUGACAAUCUGUGACCCCAACUGUUCUGUACCACUGAUGAUCUUAUAGCAGGGAAGCCAUAAGAACAAGUUAAUUUUGUACCAAAUGAGAGAACCUAAUGUUAAAAGUCUUACCUCUUACAUUGGGGUUCCCAUGAAAAAACUGGUUUUUUUUGAACAAUAGCUGUACUACAUUGAACAGUUGUGCGUUCUGUUACUUCUAAAAAGCCUGUAGUAUCACAGCCCCAAUGAUCCUCUGUUCACAGCCUUAUUUGAUUAUGCCCUGCCAAUGCAUAACAAGUUACAGCCAAAAUUCUUGCAGGCUAAGUGGAGUUACAGGAGAGAGCUGUAUGUAAGAGCAUGGAGCUGCUGACUGGUCUGAGUUGGCAUUAUUUUGCCUUUGUUCAACAGACAUGCUUUUAAAGAUGGUCCCAAAAUAUAUUUUUGUGGUGGUAUGAUUUUUUUAUGGCAAAGCUGCUCUUUUACAUUAAAACUCACUUCCCUUUUUGUACACAUGAAAACAUCAAAAAUAGCCAUUUUAAAAUCAAAUGCCAAACUCUGGACCCUAUAAAUUUCUUGUUAUUCCUGCAUGUUUAAGAGUUCUCAGUGUUUUGGUUUUUUCUAAAGGGAAAAACUCACUCUCUGCACUUUCUAAAGUCUCAAGCAACUCCCUCUUUUUCCCCGAGUAGCUAAGUAAUAACCUUGGAGAAGAGGAGGGGAGCAGCUAUUGUAGAAACUGGCACACCCUUCAGUGAGAAGCUCUGAUGUAACUGUGAUAAACAAGUCUGUAGUCCUUGUGAUAAAAGUAUUUCAGACUUGCUGAGCUGUACUUUUAAGUGAAGCUGUCGUGAAGGAAAAAUCUUUGCGUCAUUUUCAACCUGCCUCAUAAGUUAAAGUGGUUUUUGUUUUUUGUUUUUUUUAAUUAUCUGCUUGCUGCUUAAAUUUUUAAUUGUGUUGUUAUGGUAUCUGGCUGGUUCUGUUAUGUAGUAUUUCUUUCAGCCUUUUCACUGGGUAAGUGAUCAUGUUCCUCAGUGUGACAGGGUUACUAUACAUAAGCAAUCGGUAAUUAAAAUAUGUGGCCAUUCCUCAGUCUGGCAAAGCACUUACACAUGCAUAAUCAAAUGUGAGAAGUGCUGCUGAAACAAAAAAGGCUUCCUGUACGCUGAAAGUAAAGCACGUACUUGUUUUGCUGGGCUCUGAGUCUGUAGUCCUAAAUCAGAAAGACAGAAAAUACUUUCAAGCACCUGGUUCAGUGCAGCCUGGAACGGAGUCCUACAUGUGCAUGAUGCAUCAUAACUUAUCAAUGUAACCUGCUAAGUAAAUAUAAAUGUUUCACGACCUUUGUGCUUUUAAAUCCUUUUAAAGUAAAUUCUUUGUUAUAAAUGUGAAGUGCAUACAACACAAUCUUCACAUCUAAUAGCUUCUUUCUAGCUCUUUGAGUGGUUUAUAGCUGAAAGUCCAUGCUAGGCAAACGGGGGGGGGGGGGCAAACCAAAACCCUGACACUAAUUGUUUCAUUGAAAUGCAGUCCUGUUCAAUAAAUCUGUAAUAUAACCCUAUUUAAAAAAACCCACAUAAAUUAGAUGUUUAAUAUCUGAAGUAUAAAGCUGCAGUAUGCUGCAUUAGCUGGAUCAUGUUCUUUCAUACUUUGUGCUGGGCUGUGUCCUCAGCUGGUGGGAAGUGAGAGUUAAGAUUUUUUCAUUAGGUAAACAGAUUUUGGCCCAGUGAGGACUUGGAAUGAGGUAUUCAUUGUGGCCCUUCAUUAUAGCAAAUAUCCUACUGGUAAAUUCUUCUCUGUGCCUAAAACUGUAGUAAGUAAAGCCAUGUACUAAAUGAAGUUAAGAGUCUAGCUGCUAAUAACCUGUAUAUAAAUUUAGCUCUAUUUUGUGUAUCUUGUUUUGUGUGUAUAUGUUGGUGUGAUUUUAUUUUUUUUCCCCUUGUGUUAGAGGUAACUGUCUCACAGAAAUCUGAUAAAUAAUCUAUUAAACUGGGAUAAAACCAAUGAAA